AUGUACAUUGAUGAGGAACAUGCAGGGAGUGGGAAUGAAAGUGACGGCAACGUUGAGGAAGAGCUGCAAGGUCAAGGAAUACAGGAAUCACUACGUAUACAGGAAGACAUGGCAGUAUUCGUUGCUAAUAGAAAUUUUCACCGAUACCGAACUGGUCAGUAUCGCCAAAGGCUAGAUGGAAGAACUUGGAAACAUCGCAUUCGCCGGCUGAACAAAAACUGGCAGCCGCUCAUUCCUGCUCUCAUAGAUGCCUACACCACCUGGAAGUAUUCCCCGCCACCCCAUAUUGUUACAUACACCGACCCAGAUGCCUCUCCUCUUGUUGAUGGAAGAGAUUUUGACAUCAACAUUCUUGACAUCCACGAUUUGGCUCACAUUGCAGUCAUUCCGUGUGGCGAGGACGAUGAAGGUGCUGUCGCUUUGGUACGCGCAGGAUACCUAGGCUGCACACCUCAGAGGCCAUCCCUAGCGAUUUCACUCCGGACGCUUGAGUUAUUUUACACAAUACAUAUGUUCAGGCCGUCAUUUAGUAUCGAGGCCUUCACCAAGGUUGUUUGCCAUGUUCAUUCAGUGACUUAUCGUCGGGGUUACCGUAGUGCAAUCUCGGAUGCCUUUGACACUUACAUUAUCAUUCGGCGUCACCUCGACUCCAGAGUCGCUCAUGAACUCGGUCAAGACACCCAAAACUACCGCGUUUUGAGCAGCUGCCCUCCAUGCAACUAUGAGGUGAGCCCCCUGGAAAUCCUGAAAGAUGAGCCGCCAUUGAAAUUUUCCCGAAUGUUUGUAUUAGAUGGCAAUAAUUCGCUCAAACGUAUGCAGGGUGCUGGCAAUCGACAAGUGGCCGAUGAUCGCGUAUACCAAGACAGCGACUACUUCCUCCCUGAGGAGUAUGUCAAUCAAUUCGGUAACGAGGUUCCUCGAGGGCGUACUCAAACAGAAGACGAAGACGCCGAAGAACCAGGGUUAGAGCAAGGAGGAGAUCCAACUGACGGUCAGACAUCGAUGUCAGAGACCUCCCCGCUUCAGAAAUGCACUUCUAACUGGAAGGCUGCCGCUGGCGAUGCUGCAAAGAAGAUGUGGGAUGGAUUCCAUGAGACGGGGAUAUUCACCAGCGCGUGUCGGCACGGCUUUAUCAUUUGGCUAACGGAUAUGAUUCGGAGUGGUGAACUAGCAAAAUACCCGCUUGCCAUCACUGCGAAAGCAUUAGAAGUGUUUGGCAAAAAUCUGCUCAUUGGUUACGAUAUUGGGUGCAGCUUUUCGGAAACUAUAGCAAAGACCUCCCUGAAUGAAGCCUUUCAGAAGAAGAAAUGCUGCACUUGUGUCAACGCAUUCCACGGCUACAGCCACAACGCUCUCUGUCAACAAUCUUUUCACCUGACACACAUCAAGGGGAUGGGUCUCGAAGACCUCGAAACUCUCGAACGAAUCUUUUCACAGUCAAAUCAACUGGCUGCAGUCACGCGAUAUAUGAGCCGCUACCACCGCAAAGUCUUCAUCGACCUUUUCUUUCGGCAAUGGGAUUCUGAUAAGUAUGCGAAUCUUGGGACCAUGCUUUUCAACAAUUACAUCCAAGCCCUCCACAUUCUUGAAACUGAGGCUGCGGAACUGGCGCAUGACCUUGAACAAUUCAACCUGACGGAAUCUGAUUUAGAGGCAAUGUGGGUGGACCAAGCUGGACAUUUCAAGGAGCUGGGAAAAGAACGUGUGGAGGAGGUCAAUGGUGUUGCGUAUGUUGAACUGCUACAACAACUGCGAGAUAUUGAAGCAGCCUUGGAACAAUCUUAUACAGCAUUCCGCAUUCAAGAGCCCGAAGAUUUUGAGCAGCUACCACCCCAUUCCUCAUACUCCUCGGGGCUAUCCAAAACUCGUAAAACUGAAACUUGUCGUCGCUUUCUUGGAGAGAAGCGAGACAAUGUCUUGUGGGAGAUCCUCCAGAUGGAGAGUCAGAUGGAUGUACGGCGGCGGUGGACCCCUCUGGACUCUGAGUACAAGGCGGCCCUCAAGUAUAUGACUGAACGCAAAUACCUACAAGCUCUGGAGAACCUGCAUCUUCUUGUUAUCAAACAGCUGUUCGAGAUGCACAAGCUUAACAUGUCGGGAACAGGCUACAAAAUGAGAACUCAUAUUGCUCAAGCACUUCAACGUCGAGCGAAAGCUAUUCGAAAUGCUGUCAACGAAUACAAUAAGCAUGCGUUGAUGCUAGAUCCCCCUCGCGACACAUUGGAUUGGACAAAAAAAUGGGCGCAGCCCUUGUACCGUGAACUUAUGAACCAUGUUCAUAAGGUGAGUAGGGCCCGGGAGGAGAUCCACCGCGUUAACAUCGAGCUCCGGCGCCUUCACACCCGGAUUGUUGAUGAAGAGAAACUUUUUGCCAGUACUUUGGAACAUCUCAGGGGGUCACUGAUGUUAGGACCGGUGCUCGAAUAUGUGACCCGCCGUCGGGAGGUCAAUAAAUUACUAAUUUCUCACAUCAAUGCAACGUACAACCUUCCAGGUUUCACAGGGACUCCAUAUCCUGGUGAGAGCAUCAACCCUGUCCACGCCACAUAUCCGCACACCCCAUCGGCAUCCGAGAUGCAUGAACCCGAUACCUCCCCGCCUACAUUGCCUGGUCACAAUGCCGGUAGUUCUAAUGUUCCACAUUCUACACCUGAUGAUCGACAACCGCAGUUUGAAGAUGAUAAUUCAGAGGAUGAGGGACCUUUGGAAGACGACAAUGAGUUUGUUGAUGAUAUGGGGAAGGUCGUAGACUUCAUUGCGGGACUAUGA